AUGGAUGAAUUAUUCACCAGUUUAGUAUAUGGCAGUGUUUCAAACAGGAGCUAUCGAAGGAACAUGCUUCUUGCUUGUGAGGUUUUAGCAGACAUCAGCAUAAGGUCCAGUGGAAGCAUGUUCCAGAAACUUCAGACGACCAGUGUAGAGCCAGCCGCCCACGGUGCUGGAUGCAGGUCAUGGUGGGAUCCCCCUUUCACCACCUUGAUCUGUCUUAAGCCACUGUUUAAACCUGGUUCUUCGUUCUCUCACUUAACACCAAGUGCCAAACUCCCCAGAGGCCACAGACUACCGGCGGCCUUUGUCUGGACAGGUGGGGCCGCCCUGCUGCCCCCAGUGGCCCUCCUCUCUGCCUCCUGGGCAUUUCCUGUGGGGGUCCCACAGGCUCACUUCUGCCCCCGCCACACUGCGAGAAGCCUGAGGGCUGCACACGCAGGACACCGCCUCCCUGAUGUCCAGUGUCAGAGGAGCAGUUUGACGGCAGCCCUGCCCGCUGCCCGCCUGGCCUCCGGGAGCCCUGUGACCUCUACACAGCUUUCUGGGGAGAGGGGUUCAAAGCAUCUUCCCAAAGAGUGUUCACGCACAGGGGUCAACGGUGACUGUGAAUCGAAGGGAAAGAAUUCCAGAAUGCCCGAGAGCCGGCCCUGUUAA